AUGGCCAGUAAUGCAGAGGCAAAUCCACUGUCCGGCCAGUAUGUCGUCAACCGCACAAACUCUCUGGACCAUUCAGUCUCAAACUUAGGCGCAGAGAGCGGGCCUCUGAAAGAACUACGCCGUCAGUUAGAGUCUCUUUCGACUUUGGGGAGCUCCGAAGCUCUCGGUGACCUCAGCACAAAUGCGGCUGCAGCAGCAGUCGAAGCUGCUAUCGAAGGAAGUAGUGCUGCACGAGAUACAUCAACUCGAGUUGAACGGUUGCUUCAGGAGCGACAAAGGUCACUGCAGCGGAUUAAGAGUGUCACGUAUCUAACGCCCGUUGAAAAUAUUGUUGACGAAUCCCGACUAGUUGAUAAGUGCACGAGAGAACUACCACGCACGCUUCAACGUCUGAUUAUUGCAGCUAAUCGACUUCCUAUUUCUGCCCAACGAAAAUCCGACGGGAGUUGGGGUCUGAAUCAAUCUGCUGGAGGUCUCGUUAGCGCACUUUCCGGUGUUGGUAAUAACUACGAGAUGCUUUGGGUGGGUUGGCCAGGCGUUUUUGUUGAAGAAGGGCCUGAUCGAGACGCUUUGACACAGCUUCUUCUUAGACGUGGUUGUCUUCCUAUUUAUCUUUCACGAUGCGAGGUUGACCUGUACUACAACGGAUAUUGCAACAACAUUCUUUGGCCUCUGUUUCAUUACGUACCUCUCUCGUUUGAAUCAAAGCUCAGCGAAACUAAAAACAUGGGUUUGCAGUGGUCGGCAUACCAGGAGGCUAAUGAAGUUUUUGCUCGAGUCAUCUUGAAUGCAUAUCAGCAUGGCGAUGUAGUCUGGUGCCAUGAUUAUCACCUUAUGCUUUUGCCAUCAAAAUUGAAAGAGGGAUAUUCAAAUAUGAAAGUUGGGUGGUUUUUGCAUACGCCGUUUCCUUCUAGCGAGAUUUAUCGGACGCUGCCUGUCCGCGAAGAAUUGCUGCUGUCAGUUUUGUCCGCUGACCUCGUUGGGUUUCACACGUAUGAUUAUGCGCGUCACUUUGUUUCUGCGUGUUCGCGAAUCCUCGGAUUCGAGGGUACGCCUGAUGGCGUGGAAGACAACGGAAACUUUACGCGCGUCUUAGCAUUUCCAAUAGGCAUCGAUCCAGGGCGUUUCACGCAGGCACUCGCAACAGAUCGUGUGCAAGCACAUAUCCAUGAGCUGCGGCAGCGAUUCCAGGGCCGAAAGGUAAUGCUUGGCGUUGAUCGACUAGACAUGAUAAAAGGCAUACCACAAAAGCUUUUGGGUUUUGAAAAGUUUUUAUCUGAACACCCAGAGUGGCGAGACCGAGUGUUGUUGGUCCAAAUAGCUGUGCCAACAAGGACUGAUGUUCCUGAAUACCAACGACUUACAUCGCAAGUCCACGAAAUUGUUGGUCGAAUCAAUGGACGAUUUGGCACGCUUGGAUCUGUACCCAUUCAACACCUCGACUGUUCGCUGGCAUUUACUGAGCUAUGCGCGCUGUAUGCAGUCACUGAUGUUUGUUUGGUCACUUCUCUUCGUGAUGGUAUGAAUCUUGUCAGCUAUGAAUUUGUUUCAUGUCAGAGUAAAAAUGCGGGAGUGCUAGUAUUAUCUGAGUUUGCUGGCGCUGCACAGAGUCUCGGAGCAGGUGCCUUGCUUGUAAAUCCCUGGAACGUAAACGACAUGGCCGCUGCAAUCGAAGAUGCCCUAACCAUGCCAGAAACUGAGCGACGUGAACGUCAGAGGCAGAACUUCACCCAUGUCACUAUUCACACUGCACAGGCAUGGGCUGAUACGUUUGUUUCAGAAUUAAAUGACACGCACGUUGAAGCUGAGUUAAGAUGUAAACGCAUCCCACCACAGCUUGACCCUCUGAAUGUCAUCGAUCCAUUUACUGCAGCCCGUCAUCGUCUCAUAAUUCUGGGAUUCAAUGCUACACUGACUAUGCAAAAUGAUAGCUCAAAGAAACAGGUUCGAUCGGGGGUUCUGCCUAUGAAGCCUAUUAAAAGCAGUGUUCGCAUCCACCCAGUUUCACAAGAGUGUUUGCAGCGAUUGUGUGAUGACCCUUUUACCACCGUCUGUAUUUUCAGUGGUUCUGAACGAAAUCGUUUGAGCCAGGCUUUUGCUCAUCUCCCUAAGCUCUGGAUAGCAGCUGAAAAUGGCUGCUUCAUACGAUCGCCUCUUGAAGGUAAACAUGGCCAGCUUGGUUUCAAUGGUGGGGGAAAAUGGAUAACGAUGGUUGAGACUUCCAAUCUUGAUUGGCUGGAGAGCGUGCAGCUUGUCUUUGAUUACUUCUGUGAGCGGACUCCCAGGAGCUAUGUAGAAACCCGUGAAACCUCGCUUGUUUGGAGCUAUAAAUACGCCGAUCCAGAUUUUGGAAGACAGCAGGCAAAAGAUCUGCUGCAACACUUAUGGACUGGACCAAUAUCCAACGCAGCAGUGGAUGUCAUCCAAGGCGCCAAAUCGGUGGAGGUCCGACCCAUAGGUGUAAGUAAAGGAGCUGCGGUUGAGCGAAUAGUUUCUAUGAUGGGGGAGUGCGGUUCCUCGUCUUCCGUUCCGCAAGUUGAAGGCGAUACUGAUGUGACUGAUUCCGCCUGCAUUCUUGGUGCAGCAGAGAAAGUGUCGCAGACUAGCAAGUUGAGUAGUAACAGAUAUGACAUUGAAUUAGAUCCACGUGUUGAACAGUCAAACCAUGUUGACAGUGGUUUAGAACAUCGACUAGUUGAUUUUGUGAUUUGCUGUGGACACUUUCUUGGUCGCGAUGAGGACAUAUUUGAAUAUGUUGAUCGCUGCGCAUCUGGAUUAAGAGAGUCAUAUCCUGUUUCAACUGCUGGGACUGUCGGGACAGUUUGGAAGGCGAAGGGGAAAGGGAAUGUCGGGAAUGUCAACUUCUUUGAAAAUGAGACCUCAGGAGACAGUACUUCCAAAGUAAAUAACGCGGCGAAUGGUGAAGAGAAAUUCAUUGGAAAAUCGUUGUCGAGUGCUGGCGAUGGUGUGGAAGACGCGGACUCAAAAAGUACUGAUGAGGGCAAGCCACCUAUUUUAACAACAUUUGGCUUUACAGUCACCUGCACUGUUGGACGGAAACGUUCUGGUGCUGCUUACUAUGUGAAUGAUUCUGAUGAUAUUGCUGAACUUCUCGCUACAUUAACAAACAGUCUUGAUGAUGGGAAAGGACGCAUAGAGCUGUUGCAGUUUGAUGCUGAAUCUAGUUUGGGCUCUAGUAGGUCACUUGCGGAACUUGCUCGAUAUGGCAGCAUGGUGAAUAUGUCGACAAACCUGUCACGGCAAGGCUCUGUUGUUGAUGUCACGGCACACAGAUAUGGGCGAAACCAAUCAGUGAGUAAUUUUAGCGACAAUUCUUCAUUAGAGUGCGGCAAUAAAGGGGACGCUCAAGUGAAGAUUGCCCUGCCAAAUGACCUUUCCGCCUCAAUUUCAGCGGAAGCUUGCAAAGUUUCUCUUCAGUCAUAGAGGCUAUGUACAAAGUGAGCGAAUUUCUGUUUUCAAUUAGAUUUAGAUAUCAUGAAAUCUACUUGAGCACGGUACACUGAUUAAA